CUUUGCGCAACAAACAUUGAAAGAAAAUCAAGAACCCAAAAAAACCCCACAAGAAAAAAAAGAAAAAAAAGAAAAGCCAAUGGCAAAAUCAUCAUCAUCUCUACUCACACUUCCUUCCUUUCUUCUGAUCUUUUUCAUUCUUGCACUAUUUUCCACCACCCUCCAAGUUAAUGCCUUGGGAAGGAAAGUGGGAGCAAGGGAGAAGAUUGAGGAUGUGAAGAGCAACAAAGAAGUUCAAGAACUUGGGGAAUAUUGUGUUUCUGAGUACAACAAGAGUUUGAGGAAGAAGAACAAUGAAAGCGGUGCUCCUAUAAUCUUCACAUCUGUGGUGGAGGCUGAGAAGCAGGUGGUUGCUGGGAUCAAAUAUUAUCUCAAGAUUAAGGCCACCACUUCUUCUGGGGUUCCCAAGGUUUACGAUGCCAUUGUGGUGGUUCGGCCUUGGGUUCAUACUAAGCCAAGGCAGUUGCUCAACUUCUCCCCUUCCCCUGCCACUAAAUGAAGAAGAAAAUGUUGAAAAAGUUGGAACUGUUUGGGAGAUCUAAUCUGAUGAUUAUUAGUACCUUUCAGUGCAAAUUCUCUUUGCUGUUAAGUGUUCGGUUUUUUUUUUCCUGUGUCUAUUUAUGACCAUGGUCACGAUGAUAUGGUAUAUGAUCCAGUAAUAAUUAAAAUCUGUUGCAUAAGUUAUAAAUUACUGAGUUUUUU